AUGCGUCGAAAAGAAAAAGAUAAUGUGUUUAUUGUUGAACAUGUAUAUAAAUAUUUACGGUCAAUCGAAAAACGACAUUCUCAAUUAGUAUCAUCGUUUUAUCAAACUAUAUUAAACAUGAAACGAGCAAAACAGCAAGACAAUGACCUAGUUCAAUUUUUAAAUAUUAAUAAAAAACGAAAAUUAGAAAAUCAAAUAACAUCAAUCAAUUCAAACAAUUCAAAUAGAGUUUAUAUUUUUGAAGAUUUAGCCAAUGAAAUUCUUUAUGAAAUAUUUGAAUAUCUUAAUGUAUAUGAUAUUUAUAAAGGAUUUUAUAAUCUUAAUAAACGAUUUCAAAAUUUAGCUAUUAAUUCAAAUAUUUUAACUAAAAUCAAUAUUUCAACAAUAUCAAAAUUAAAUUUCGUAGAUUAUUAUCGAAAUAUUCUUAUACUAAAUCGAAAUCGAAUAAAAUUUCUUCGUUUAUCAAAUCCAUUUACUGCUGAUAUUAUUUUCUCACCACCACGUACUCUUUUAAAUUUUAUUCAUCUUGAAAUAUUGAUUCUUGAUAACGUACAAAUUAAAUAUUUAAAUAAUGUUUUUCGUCAUUUAAUAGAGUUGCCAAAAUUGCAUUCAUUAACUAUAUCUCUUAUUAGUUACAAUCAAACAUUAAAUAUUCUUUUUUUAAAUAUUUUUCAUUUACCAAAUUUAAAAUAUUGUAAAAUUGAAUAUCAAACUAAAGAUUAUGAUUAUAAACUAUUUCAACUCUACUUAACUCAACAUGACUCAAGUCCUGUUGAAUGUUUAAUAAUAAAUGGUCGAUUUCCAUUCAAUGCAUUUCAUAAUUUAUUAUGUUGCCUUUCUAAACUUCAACAUUUAUCGAUAAAUUCUCUUUGUUUAUCUAUUUCUCUUAUGGAACAAGAAAAAUUAUCUUUUUUUGACUUAAAAUAUUUAAAACAUGUUUCAAUUAAACUUGAUUUAAUAUUUUUUGGUGAAUUGGAAAGCAUUAUCAAAAAAUAUUUUUAUCAUGUUCAAGUUUUACGUCUUAUAACAAGUAUUAAUGAAGACUAUUUAAAUGCUAAACGAUGGCAAGAAUUAAUAAUAUCUUACAUGCCAUAUUUACGUAUAUUUGAUAUAAAUCAUGAAGAUUCUAUAACGAAUAAUAAUUUAACAUAUCAUGACAUGAUCCAUCAAUUUAAUUCUUCGUUUUGGAUAGAAAAAAGAUGGUUUUUUACACACCAUCAUAGGAAGAACGAACUGAAUCGUGAAAUUUUUUAUUCAACUGCUCCAUAUCGACGAAAAGAUUAUAGAUAUUAUUGUCAGUCGGUCAAUCCAAUAUGUUCAAAUAUUCAGAAAGAAAAUUUAAAUUCAGUGAAACAUUUUUAUAUCGUUAGUAAAGAAAUCGAACAUAAUGGUGUGAAUUAUUUUCCAAACGUUAAAACAUUAUCUAUUAAAAAUGAAUUUAUAAAAUCAAAUAAUUCUAUUAUUGCAACUCUUCAUCGUAUGAUUCCUUUAAUACAAUUGACGAAACUAGUUAUUGAAUGUUGGAUUUUUCCAAUUAAAAACAUUAUCAAUUUAUUAUAUUUUACACCUAAUGUGCAUACAUUAAGUUUGAGUUUAUUAUUAUUGGAUAAUGUUAAUAAGAAUUCAAAGAAAGAAAAUGAAAUUUUUCAAAAUGUAUCAAAGAAAAAUAAAAUACAAAAAUUAAUUCUCAAUUGGAAACGUUCAUUAAGUGACAUCCAAUUUGUUGUGAAUGUAUUUCCAAGAUUAAAAUAUCUCAAAGUUGACAUGAACAGAAAAGAAAUCGGACAAACAAUUCGAUUCUUAUUAUCGAAAACUCAUAAUAAAACACGAAAUUUAUGUUAUUUAUGUAUUAUGAAGGUACCAAAAGUAUGUUUAAAACAAACACAAAUUUUAAUUAAAUCAGAAAACUUACUCAACAAUUAUUCUAUUAAAUAUAUUAAUAAUGAUUUACAUUUAUGGUGGUAA